AUGAUCUCACAGCACCCAGGGAAGUUGAAGGAAUGUGAUUUUCCAGGCUGUGAGGAGAGAGUUGUGGGACAGAGUGCUUUGGAUAGGCACAAGGACCAGUUGAGUCAUUGGAUUCCUGGGGGAUUCAAGUGCAAACAGUGCUCAGCAGCCUUUGACAGACCAUAUCAGCUAUCUUUCCAUAGGCAAGAAACUCAUGGUGUCAGGGGAUUGAGCUCCUGGUCUGUCUGUACUAUGUGUGAACCUCAUGGUUUGCUAGCUUUGGGGGACAUGAGAGUACACAAGCACUCUGUUCAUGGGGAGGAGUACUGGGGUCUGCCUAGUGGGACAGUUAAGGUCUCCAAUCCUGUGUUAAGCAACCCCAAAGAUUGCACUAGCUGUCCUGCAAGCUUUCAAAGCAGCACCCAGUGGAAGAAGCAUCUGGAGCAAGCUCAUACCAAUGAACUGCAGAUUUUCUUCCAGGAAGGUGAAGAAGUCACAGUCAGCAGGGAAAAUGAAAAUCUUCCCUUCCAGUGUCCAGAUGAGUCCUGUCCUGUUGGAUCCCUCACCCUUCUACCUCACAGUAUGAUUCAACAUGCCAUUACCCAUCCCUACAGGAGGCUCCCCAAGAAAGUGACUCCCAAGAUGAGGAAAGCCAUGGAUAGGAUGUGGGAAGGAGCCUACAGCAGGUAUAAUCAUCACAGGGCAAAGAAGAAUAGAGACAUCAAGGAGGGAUGGGAUGCCCAAGACACAAGGUGGAAGUUCCUGUCUAUGAAGAUGAAGGAGAAGAAUUCAAAGAGGGUGAGGAUGAGGUUGGAGACACAGGAAUAG